AUGGCCACCAAUGCCGCAGAGCAGCGCCGCCAGCGCAUCAUCAAGCACAUGAACGACGACCACCUCGAAUCCCUCCAGCUCUACCUCCAGGUCUACUCGGGCGUCUCGGAAGCCUCCGCCAAGUCGGGCUGCGAGCUCGUCGACGUGUCCCUCUCACACCUGCUCAUCCGCACCGGCGACGGCAAGGAGCACACGGUCCAGUUCGCCCCGCCGCUCGACGCCUGGGGCGAGAUCCGACCCCGCCUCGUGGAGAUGGACGCCCUCGCCAGGGCCAAGCUCGGUAUCGCGCCCCUCGACAGCGGCGACCCCGAAUCGAUUGUGAUAACCGAGUGGCUGGCCCCCAGAGGGUUCGACGCCGUCGUCCUCGGGUCCAUCUGCUGGUACUUCUUCUCCUACUUCACGCUGCCGCUUCUCGUGCCGGGAACCUGGGGGUGGAAGGUCCUGGAGGCCGUCUUCCCUGGAGGUCCCGCCUGGUACUGCUGGAUAGUCAAGGCCAUCUUCUGGCCUGUUGUCGGGAUCCACACCGCCGAGGCCUUCUUCUUCGACAGGACGCGCAUGGUGAACAACGGUGUGCAGCGGUUCAGCCGGGUGUGGUGGUUGUGGGUGGGCAACUGCUGGAUGGAGGGGUACACGGCCUGGAAGAGAGUGGAUGCCUUGAUCGCCGCCAAGAAGGAGGAGAAGCGUCUCAAGAAGCACUGA